GUAACCUCCAAUUCUCAGCCACCUCUCAAGUUUUCUAUAUUUUCUUUUCACUAUACUGAUACAAAGAAAUGACUCUGAGGAAAACCAACAAAAAUAUUCAGGCAGCUGCACUGAAGCAAAUCUUGAAAAGAUGUUCAAGCUUUGGCAAGAAAAACGAUGUCCCGAAAGGGCAUUUUGUUGUAUAUGUUGGUGAAAAUAGAAGCAGAUACAUCAUUUCUAUAGCAUGGUUAGGAGACACAGAAUUUCAAAGUUUGCUUCAAAGAGCAGAAGAAGAGUUUGGGUUUCAUCAUGAUAUGGGCCUUACUAUUCCUUGUGAUGAAGAUGAAUUUUUCUCUUUGAUAUCCAAUCCAUAUUAAUAUGAUGAUUGAUUUUUUAUUUUUUACUAAUUGGGAUAGUAAAUUGAUUGAAAAAGGUGAUCUAGUCGCACCUUCUAGUAUAACGAUUUUUUUAACGACACAGUCGUUUUGCACCUUUCAUGUCGAAUUUGUAUGUUGAUCUCAAUUUGUAAAAUUCUGAUUGCUUAUUAUGAGGUAUAUUGCAGAUAUUAAUUUUUUUCUUUGCCACAUAGAUUCUUAUUUGUUUGUUAUGCUUAACGUAAAGAAAGAACGUUAUAGGGAU